AUGGGGCGCGGGCGCUACGUCUCUGGUCUUACUCUUCUUUUUCCUGAAGGAACCCACAAGGAAAACUGUGGCUGCCACAAAGUGCAAGAGGAGAAUAGGAAAAACAAGGAACCCAGUACAAGAACUCGUAGUUUGCUCCCAAAGAUGAUUAGAGAAGAGAACACCGGUAGCAGCUUUCAGAUGCCACUCCACUACCCAGAAUACACCAAGGAGGAUUAUGAAGACAUGCCUGAAUCGAAGAUUGACCUUCUCCUGGCUUCCUAUGGCUUAUCUACUCGUGGUAACUUGAACUACAAGAGAAAGUUUGUAAUGCAAGCCUUUCUGUGGCCUGAUUCUUCCACCAAAGGAAAACAAAGUUCUUGA